GGUGCGUGUGAGUCAUCGCCCCUGAGAGAGUCUCCCAGUCUUUCCUCUCCUUUUUCACUCGCUUUUGGACACACGGAAACCACAUUUUCCCUCUGAUUUUUCGACAGGAUUGAGAUGUUACAUUAUAGGUUUUCGGGAGUACUAAAGGAGUUGUCAAACGCCAGCUUGAAGCGACCCCUACCUGCUCAGAAGUCGUGGUUAUCUGCGCGGUCCUGCUGCUUCGGCGUGGGUCCCUCCUCCUCCGCGGAUGCCAGCGCCGUGAAGAGCCCCUAUGCCGCUUCUUCUGCCGCUGUCCACCGCCAGCCUUUGCGCACAGCCUCUCCCGGUGCCGCAUCCCCUUUCCGCACGUACUGCACAAAAACAGAGGGCGCGGUAGUUGUGGACGAGCAGCCAAAGAAAGAUGGCAACGAAACAGACAAGAGAAGAAACCCGGGCAUUCUCCCCAGUCUGGAGGACCUGCUCUUCUACACAGUCGCUGAAGGUCAAGAGACGAUUCCUGCACACAAGUUCCUAACAGCCCUUAAAACCACAGGCCUGCGCACAGGUGACCCGCGGCUGAAGGAAUGUAUGGAGAUGCUCAAAGAAACACUAAAGGAAACUGCAGACGGAGUUACACUGGACAGACAACAGUUCAAAAAAUGCGUCCAGAGCAACAUAGUUCUUCUGACUCAGGCUUUCAGGAAGAAGUUUGUGAUCCCGGAUUUCCAGUCUUUCACGACUCACAUCGACGAGCUGUACGAGAGCGCGGGAAAGCUCACCGGAGGACAGGUGGCAGACUACAUUCCUCAGCUGGCCAAGUUCAGCCCCGACCUGUGGGGCGUGUCCCUGUGCACCGUGGAUGGACAGAGACACACAGUUGGAGACACCAAGGUCCCGUUCUGUCUUCAGUCUUGUGUCAAACCCCUCAAAUACGCUGUUGCCGUUCAUGACCACGGCACUGAGUAUGUGCACAGCUUCAUCGGGAAAGAGCCCAGCGGACUGAGAUUCAACAAACUCUUUCUCAAUGAAGAAGAUAAGCCUCACAACCCAAUGGUGAAUGCUGGAGCGAUUGUUUGCACCUCUCUGAUAAAGCAGGGAGCCGGCACAGCAGAGAAAUUCGACUAUGUCAUGAACUUCCUUAAGCAGAUGGCUGGGAACGAAUAUGUCGGCUUCAGCAAUGCUACAUUCCAGUCGGAGCGUGAGUCAGGGGACAGGAACUUUGCCAUCGGCUACUAUCUGAAAGAGAAGAAGUGUUUCCCCGACGGCACGGACAUGACUUCAGUGCUGGACUUCUACUUUCAACUGUGCUCUAUUGAGGUGACGUGUGAGAGUGCCAGUGUCAUGGCGGCGACUCUGGCAAACGGCGGGAUCUGUCCCAUCACCGGAGAGCGCGUGCUGAGCCCAGAGGCCGUGAGGAACACUCUGAGCCUCAUGCACUCCUGCGGAAUGUAUGACUUCUCCGGACAGUUCGCCUUCCACGUGGGACUGCCGGCCAAAUCCGGGGUGGCGGGGGGCAUCCUCCUGGUGGUGCCCAACGUCAUGGGCAUCAUGUGCUGGUCUCCGCCUCUGGACAAACUGGGCAACUCGGUCAGAGGGAUCCAGUUCUGUACGGAUCUGGUCGACCUGUUUAACUUCCACAAUUAUGACAACCUGAGGCACUUUGCAAAGAAGUACGACCCACGCCGCGAAGGAGGGGACCAGCGGCAGCAAACACGUCGGCCCAUGGAUUACGAGAGUCUGCAGCAGGAGCUCGCGCUUAAAGCCCCACUGUGGAAAAAAGUGUGUCCCACGGAAACCAACCAGGACAGCUCCACCACUGUAGUGUAUAGGAUGGACAAUACAGCCAGCGAGGUCAACUAAACACCAGCCUUUAUUUAUUAUGUACAAGAGUAUUUAUUGUGGCAUACGGGGUACUGUGUGGGCCAUGGGACGUUACACUGCAAACAUCAAAUAUUGGUAUUACUUCAAAUUACUUUGAUUCAACGAAAUGGAAGAUGAUUUAACAAAUUACUCUUAAAUCAGAAAAGAAUUUAGUUUUGACUUGGUAAAAUGAAUUACUUUUUGGGCCUAUAUGACUUAUUUGAUUUGUUGUUGUUGUUUUUGUAUUUGAAGUUAAUUUGUCUGCUAGUGAAGUCAAGAGAUGAGAGAAAAACUAAUAUUUGAUAAAUAUAUUUUAAAAUAAGUAUUCAAAUUUGAGAAAAAUGUAAUAAGUCGAGCCUAAAAAGUAAAAUAAUCAAAAAACAAAAACAACUCAAAUUAUGAUUCUGAGUUCAAGUAAUUUAAUCCAAUAUCACAUAUUUGAUUGUAUUUUCUUAAUGUAUAGCGCUUUUGUAAAACUUUUCAAAGAAAACACAGUCCCUGAUGAUAAAAAUACUUACUACUACUACUACUACUGCUACUGCUACUUCUCACUAUACCAACUGACACUGAGGCUCCAAUUUGAAUGACAUGGAGAGCGAUUGAGUGAUUGCUCUUCGGAGAAAAAAAAAGGAGUUUACUCGUGCUCCACAUGUUUUUCUCGAUCAUAAAUGCUGGAAUUGUCUGAAACUUUAACCAGAACGUUCCUCAGAGGAUACAUUUAAGAUUGUUAGUUCGAAUGACAUUUUCUGCACAAGAUUCAAGCGCCUUUCUACAAACGAGACAUGAUUGAUACUUUGCAGCGACGUCACGCUGGGGGUGUACUGCAUGCAUGUCUGUGGUGGAAUGUUCAGCAGUUACCAUGGUGACACGAUGCUCGAUGCAUUCACAAACACAGCCAGAAUGUUGUUAGGUCUUAAGUAUGAAAACUUAAGAAAUGAAAUGCAAAAUCGACUGAAGCGCCUGUGCUGAUCAGGGGCGUGAGUUACACAGCAGUGCCUCCAGUUAGCGUCACAGGGAGUCUUGAUGACAUCAGCUGCGAAGUAUCAAUGGCCUGAUUCGUAUGUACUGCUUUAAACUUACUGCAGCCCUGGUUUAUGUAGAGAUUUUGGACUUGCACCUUGGAUAUUUGAUUCACUCGUGGCCUUGGUUCAGGAGCUGGACUGUGUUUUUUUGUUGAGGUUGUAGAUGAUUUUGUUGUUGAAAAAUGCCAAAGAUGAAUUCACAGGCCUAGUGUAAGCCAGGCACAGGUGACGCUGCAAAAAAGUGUUUUCAAAUUACUAUUGACCUUAUUGGGGAAGUGGGCGCCGCCGUCGUGGUUCAGGUUGUAUUGUUUUACGUGGAGCGGCUCGUCUUAUACAGAGACGUUUUAAAGCCCAGAGAAUCGCUGCACUGUCCAUUUGAACUGAACAUUUUACACAAAUCAACCUACUUUAUUUUAUAUCUCGGCAGCGAAACAGCGAAAAUUCUCCAACUUCUCUCAGAUUUCCCUUUGAAAUGAAUAUGACUCCUGCUUCGGAAGAGCCGCCACCAAAGAAUCGUGGUUUGGUGGCAUUUAAAGGCAAAGUGGUGGAAUAAGGUCAAUAAACUAUAUCAAACUAUAUGAACCUCACAGAACGACGCACCAAAGAAAACCUCAGGUCGAAUGUGAUUGGCUGUGAGGUCAGUAGCUCACAGCUGAUUGGACAGUUUUUAUUUGUGAUGGUUGUAGAUGAUGUCAUAGAGGCAGGUCUUUGUUUUUUAUUGAUUAUAGAUCGUCACAGUGUGUCUGAUAAGGGCUCUGUGUGUGGAGGUUGGACAUGUUUGAUUUAACUGUUAAGGUUUUGAAAGGAAAGAGUUUUUCUUGUUGUACCAAAGGGAGGUGUAGAAAUAGGUUUUUAAAUUGUAGGUGGAGCAGCAUGAAAUGUUUUAUAUCUUAUGGGAAAAGUGUGUGUUUGUGCCAAAGUGCUCCGUGUCGUUAUAUGUGAAAUUGAGCUGAGGUUCAGUCUCUGUCCAAACUUAUUUGGCCAUGUUUGGGUUAAAGCUGACAUUAUUCUCUAUAAGAAAGUGAGUUUUGGCAUUUGACCCAGAGACAGAGGGCACCCUUCACCUGGGUCGUGGUGUGAUUGUACAGGAGUACCUAGUUGGAGGAUCAUCUAUCACCUUGUUUUAGAGCAUAGAGGAAAUGUUACUGCAUUUACUUUAGAGUUGUGUUGUUCAUUGCUCAUACUAAUGUUAAAGACUUCUGCAUAAGGCCUAAUCUGAGACCUAGAUAUCAUCUUAACCGAUACCUGAUCCACCUGUUCUCUUGGUAUCGGCACUGAUAUCCAAUGCUAGGAUCGGUAUCGGCGCAUAUUUGUGGACAGCGUCUUGGCCGGUGGUGGUGAACUUGUGUCUGCUUGAUUGUUUUUUAGGUCUUUACGUGAAAAAGUAGGUCACAAAAAGUUUUAAAUCAACUAGAUUUGUCAAUUAGCACGUAGCAUUUUGACAAGUCUCAAAUAGGUCAAUAGUAUCAAAAUCAGUAGUCAAUGGAUAUUUAAAGGUGCAGUACGUAACUUUUAUUCAGUUGCAUGUAUUGCUAAAUACGGUGAAUAACACACAUGCUGGGGGCGUUUGAUCCUCCAGGGACGUUUCCUCGUGUGACGUGAUGUUUAACUGUAAGGAUCAACUGGCAAGUGUCAGAUCAAAAGUAGUUAUAAUGACUUAUGAAUUAAAGAUUUGAUUGUCAAACUGGCCAAAUAUAAUUAUAUAUGUACUAAAAAUGAUAACAACUAUAAAUAAUACUGAGGUGAAAAUUGAUUUAUAGUCAUUUUUUCAUCCUUUAUUUCGACUCACAUCAGAGUCUUUGAGAGUCCCAUUCAGACCGACUUAGCCGUAUAUAUGUAUAUUUCUGUAGUUUUAUCUUGUAUUAUAUCUUUGUAAAGGUAUAAGGUUUGUCUUUUAAAGGUGAUGGAUUUAAUUGCUCAAGGCAGAUCAGGUUAAACUCCAAUAUUCCAGCAGUGUUUCUUCUUCCAUUGUUCAGUGUUUAUGUUUGCGCUGUAAAAUUGUGAAUGCAGUAAAUAAUGUACAAAAGCUUCUAUUAUGAGUAUUUCUCAUUAUAAAUAAAGUUUUUUUUAAUGGAGAGCCCACUUCAGCUCUAGAGUUAUGGGAUAGUCCCACAGUGAAAGUCUGAGAUGUUAAACCACGAUUAGCUGUUUGUUUUUAAGAUUCUAAACUUUGUCAUAAGAAAACAUAAUUUUGCUGGAUUAUCAAAUACUACAGUAUAUAGUAAAUAUACUGUAUAUAUACAGUAUAUAGGACUGACUUAAAGGAUCUGUACUCUUUUCUGAUCCAUGUUCUAAUGUUUCCUCAUCACAAACAUUUACAUGUUUAACACAAACCUGCAUCAACACAAUCAAACUAUGGUUUGUUAAAUUUACAAUCUGGACAGAUCAGCUGUACAUUAAUGUGAUUAAUGAUUAAAUCAAUGAAAAUAUGGAUUUUUUACACCACGAUUCAAAUCAUGUAACAUUCUUUUACUGUAUAUAUUUGCAUAACAAGAGAAGGUUCUAUUCUGUCGACUGGACAAAGCGUUUUAGGAUGAACACGUUUGUCUGCUCGUCCAAGUCUCUUCAGUUUUGGUCAGAUUACUGCUGGACACUGCCUUAUCUCCGUCUGAAGGGGGCGCUAACUACACUGAAACUAACACACCUGUUUGUUUACAGUUUGUUAGCACUUUUCACUUUUAUCCCCACAGCAGUAGCAGUGGAGGCUCCUGCAGGAGACUAAGCUUAAAGAGAGAACUGAACUGUCACCUGAUCAAAUGUGUUUGUGUUUAAAUGCCACAUAUUUUCAGUUUAGAGGAAACUUCUACAGGCAAAUCCACGGCCGUGCCAUGGGCUCACCCGUCUCUAUUAAGGCUAAUUUAUACAUGGAACAGUUUGAACAGGAGGCCUUGGUGUCGAAAUGUGGAUGACAACUGGACCAAAGUCUAAAGUCAAGAUCUGGAGCCUUUUACUGCACAUAUUAAUGCUGUGGAUCCAAACAUCAAGUUCACACGAGAAGAAGACACGGAGAACAAACUGGCCUUUUUAGAUUGUGCAGUAACAGGAGAGGACCAGUGUCUCCAGGUAGAAGUUUACAAGGAACACAUGCACACUGACCAAAACCUGCUGUUUGACUCACACCAUCCACAAACUGAGUUACACUGCAACACAGAGGGAAAAGUGGAGCCCACAAACACAGAGGGAAAAGUGAAGGAGGAGAUUGAGAUUCCUGUCUUUUUCAAACCCGCAAACACUGACAAAAACUGAUUCAACCAAAGGACAAAAACCCAAGCCACAAAAAACAAUACUGUAGUGAGAACAGCUCAGGACACAGUCUGCUGUUCAUCUACAUAAGAGAAUAAACAGAGAGAGAACAGCUCAGGACACAGUCUGCUGUUCAUCUACAUAAGAGAAUAAACAGAGAGAACAGCUCAGGACACAGUCUGCUGUUCAUCUACAUAAGAGAAUAAACAGAGAGAGAGCAGCUCAGGACACAGUCUGCUGUUCAUCUACAUAAGAGAAUAAACAGAGAGAGAGCAGCUCAGGACACAGUCUGCUGUUCAUCUACAUAAGAGAAUAAACAGAGAGAGAACAGCUCAGGACACAGUCUGCUGUUCAUCUACAUAAGAGAAUAAACAGAGAGAGAACAGCUCAGGACACAGUCUGAUGUUCUUCUCCAUCUCAAACACACUGACCACAACUUUGAAGAGAGUGAGGGUCAGAUCUAAGCCACAGAAAAGAAAUGGACUGAGAGUUAAAGAGGCCAUUUUUCUUAGGGUAGACCGUCCAUCUUUGAACAGGAAUGGGAGGCUUAGAUGUCAUUUAUUUCCUAUUAGCCAGUAUGCUAUUAGCCAGUAUGCUAUUAGCCAGUAUGCUAUUAGCCAGUAUGCUAAUAGGUGUGAGAGGACCCAUAAGGGGCCUGAAUAAUUAUGCAAAAUAUGACUCGGGCACAGUUCACACUCGGUGUAGUUUAACAGACAGAGCCAACAAACUGUAUCCAGAUACGUUAGCUUCAGUGUCGUUAGCGCCCCCUUCAGACAGAUAUAAGGCAGUGUCCAGCAGCAAUCUGACCAGAACUGAAGAAGAGAUUUGGACGAGCAGAGAAACGUCUUCACUCAAAAUCUAUUCUGUCAAUGGUCAAAAGUUUUAAUCUUUUGCGAUGGAUCAGACCUGGACGACUGACGGACACACAUCUGUAAACAUGUACACGCUCCAUGUUUUUGGUUCACCUUCUUGCAUGCAUUUGUAUAAUUUUACAAUGUCUAUUCUUGUUAAUUGUUUUGUUUUUAUGUUUUUUCCCCCAUAUCAUUUUAUUUGUAACUUAAUUGUGGGUUUAGAUUGAUUGUAAAGGUGCCACUUUACAAUAAGGACUUUAAUACACAUUAUAUAUUAAAUUAAAAUUAAAAUCAUACCAACAAUUUGAAAAAAAGUCAAAUAAAAACAAGCAAAUUUAAUACCAGAUGCUAAAGAAUCUCUAAGUUCAUUUACUUAAAGAGCCGUAUUGCAAAGUGGUGCCCAACUGAUCCAAAUCACUUUUAUUAAUGAUCUUGGAAACGCCAUGAACUUUUUUGUACAUCUUGAAAACAUUAUACUAGGGUGUCAAAAGCACAGAAAAUUAGGAAUGAAUCUGUACUAAAACUAAUACUGAGACUCGAUAUUCAUUUGAGCAAAUAUCGAUACUGCAAAACAAAAAGAGCUUUCCUGAAUGAAAACGAAUGAUUUUACUCAUAAAAAUUAGAUUACAUUUCUAAAAAAGGAGCGUUUUUCUAUUCAUCGUGGCAUCAUAAUCAGUAUCAAGUACUGAGUGGAUUCCCUGGUUUGGAAAUUUUUUAGUAUUGUAGUACUCUAUAGUACCAGUAUUCAGAGUAAAAAAGCCAUGUGUUUCCAACCUCAUUAAUCCUGUUUCCAUUUUGAUUGUACAUUCACCGUUGUGUAUAAAGUCUCAUCUGCUCAAAGAUUUCAUAUUCAGAUGUGAAGGCUGGUUUAUUUUUGCCUUGUCACGUGUAAAGAGUAAAUAAAGUUGCAUUAUCCAUUAUAUGU